AUGGAGAAUUUGCGUGGACAUUGGUGCUAUUUCGACGGAGGCACCACGCGGCGGCCUCCGUCUUAUCCUCAAACCGGCACUCGUAGCGUUUACUACUCCACCCUUCCUCAAUGUGACGAUCCAGCUUGCUUCGGGUAUCAUGAUGCUCGGGCAGCACCUCUCAAACAAAUCGGCGCCCUGCGCCGCUUGCAGAAGGAGUACGGAUUGACAACACCUGACGAGGAAAAGAGCGAAAUUGAGCAGUGGGCACAGGGAGAUCCCCUGCGAGAGUGGUACGCCCGCGAGGUCUGGGGCAAGCCAACGGAAGACGACGACUCGCUCUUCGAGGUCAUGAGCCUGCAGGUCUUUCAGGCCGGGCUCAGCUGGCACCUCAUCCUCACCAAGCGCGACGCCUUCCGCAACGCAUUCCACGGCUGGCGCAUCGACCAGGUGGCCACGAUGGGGCCGCCGGACGUCGAACGCCUGCUGCUUGAUCCUGCCAUAGUCCGCAACCGCAGGAAGAUCGAGGCAUGCAUCUCUAAACGCCGGCGUUGUGCAGGAGCUCCAGCAGGAGCACGGCGGAUUCUGCAACUGGUUCUACCCGCGUUCUGCCCGGCGAUGACCUGGCGGUCCUGCAGCGGGAGCUGCGUGGCAGGUUCAAGUUCAUUGGGCCGGAGAUCGCGCGCAUGUGGCUGA